AGCGGUGCUGCUGCGACCCUUUAUAUCCUAUUAGCUAAGACUGAGAUGGUAUUAUGUAAUGUAAUGGAAAUGUGCAGUACAAAUAUGAUAAUAUAGGAAUGUCAGAGUACUAUUGCUGCACUUCCAAGCAAGUAAACUUUGGCCGUUAGCGAGCUAGCUGACAUUACCCGUUGUUGUGGAGCGACUAGCACACUAGCAACCUUUGUUCGUUAGCCAGCCAGCCAGCUAGGUUAGCAGCUAGGUUAGCAGACUGGUCGAAAUCUCGGUUAGCACUAAGCUAACUAUACUUGAAUGCUUGUGUGCGUUCUGAAAGUCAUUGUAUUAGUGAGCAUUGUUUACUCCGAUUUUAAAACGCACAGAUCCACAGUGGUUGCUGAAACAUGCCAAAGUGAUGGUAAAGAUCGUCCUUCCAUGGCGCUGUUGGAGGAGGAGGAUGGCGAGCAUCCACGACGUGAGUGGAGUCCCAGCAUGGGGCAUGAAGAGCGCAUUCCUGUACAGAUAAAGGAUAAAAGAGAUCUCCGGGUCAGUCAAGGAGAGGAUCAGCUUUGCGGACACGGCUCUUGCAGCACACCAGAAAACAUGUUCACUCCUCCACGUGUUGGAAAUGAAUAUCCCCAGGAUGGCCCUCACACAUCCAGCCUCCCUCAGAAUCAAGGUGUGGAGAACAGGGAGAGGGAUGUUGGACCUCGGGGCCCCUCAAGGAACGUAAAGGCAGAGAGUGGAGGAGGCCACAGAGACUCUUCUUCCUCCAACAGCAGUGUUCAGCCUCUUGCGCCAGUCAACCCAAACUGCUCAAAUGAGAACAACAUAGACAUUAUUGGGGUGGAGAAUGGAGGACAGAUGGUUGGUGCUAAGGGAGCUGGAACUGGAGCUAACAGAGGACAGGUCUCUCACAUGCGCAACCAGGGCACUAAUGCCGUGGACUGCCCCAUUCAGAAAUCUCCUUUACAAGGCCACAUGUCGUCUUUCUGCUGCAAGGUUUGCGGUGAGGCGUUUAGCCAUAUCGGCCACUUGCAUGUGCACGUACAAGUGCACACACGGGAAAAACCUUACCGCUGUGGGGUAUGUGGGAAAUGCUGCAGCUCCUCCGGGAGACUCCAAGAGCACCAGCGUAGCCACACAGGAGAAAAACCAUUCCGCUGCCAGAUUUGUGGGAAGGGCUUCACACAAAUGGCUCACCUGAAGGUACACAUGAGGAUCCAUACGGGGGAGAAGCCAUACAGUUGCCCUGUGUGUGGCAAGUGCUUCAGCCGCUCAGACAAAAUCAAAAGGCAUCUCCAGACCCACAGCCGUGAGGGAACAUAUUUCUCAGGGCAAUGAUGCAAGUUAAACAUCCCAGUCUG